CGGGGGAGGAGCCUCUUGUCCCUCCGCGCGGCCUGUUCCGCUUCGGCUCCCGCUGGCUUAGGCUGACGUGUCGGCAGUUCUGCGGCGGCUCGGCGAGUGGGGCCGUGAUGGCGGACGCCUGGGAAGAGAUCAGGCGGUUGGCGGCUGACUUCCAGCGGGCGCAGUUCGCCGAGGCCACACAGAGAUUUGAAGAGUAGAAGCGGGUCCAGAGGAGGGAGCAAACUUGAAAUUCUGUCAUAGAAUGGUUGUCAGAGCGGAACUGCAUUGAGAUUGUGAAUAAAUUGAUUGCUCAAAAACAGCUAGAAGUAGUUCACACACUUGAUGGGAAGGAAUAUAUUACACCAGCUCAAAUUAGUAAAGAAAUGAGAGACGAGCUACAUGUCCGAGGUGGUCGAGUGAACAUUGUUGAUCUGCAACAGGUAAUUAAUGUGGAUCUGACUCAUAUUGAAAGUAGAAUUGGUGACAUUAUAAAAUCAGAAAAACAUGUUCAGUUAGUGUUGGGACAACUGAUAGAUGAGAACUAUCUGGAUCGCUUAGCAGAAGAGGUAAAUGAUAAAUUGCAAGAAAAUGGUCAGGUCACCAUAUCAGAGCUGUGUAAAACCUAUGACCUUCCUGGAAACUUUCUGACACAGGCCCUAACUCAGCGACUAGGUAGAAUUAUUAAUGGACACAUUGAUCUUGAUAAUAGAGGAGUAAUAUUUACUGAAGCUUUCGUAGCUCGACAUAAAGCACGUAUCCGUGGACUCUUCAGUGCCAUUACCCGGCCUACAGCAUUAAAUUCUCUCAUUUCAAAAUAUGGAUUUCAAGAGCAGCUGCUUUACUCCGUGCUUGAGGAACUCGUUAAUAGUGGACGUUUACGAGGCACUGUGGUUGGUGGGAGACAGGAUAAGGCGGUGUUUGUCCCUGACAUUUACUCCAGAACACAAAGUACUUGGGUGGAUUCCUUUCUCAGACAGAAUGGCUAUCUAGAAUUUGAUGCUUUGUCCAGACUUGGAAUCCCAGAUGCUGUGAGCUACAUAAAGAAAAGAUAUAAGACGACACAACUUUUGUUUUUGAAAGCAGCUUGUGUUGGUCAAGGACUUGUGGAUCAGGUGGAAGCAUCAGUAGAGGAAGCCAUCAGCUCUGGAACAUGGGUCGAUAUUGCACCUCUGUUACCCAGUUCUUUGUCAGUUGAAGAUGCUGCCAUGUUGCUUCAGCAGGUGAUGAGAGCAUUCAGCAAGCAGGCUUCAGCUGUAGUUUUCAGUGACACUGUUGUAGUCAGUGAGAAAUUCAUAAAUAACUGCACAGAACUCUUCGGUGAACUGAUGCACCAGAAAGCUGAAAAGGAAAUGAAAAAUAAUCCUGUUCAUUUAAUCACUGAAGAAGACCUGAAACAGGUCUCCAUUUUAGAAAGCAUUAAUACAAGUAAAAAGGAUAAAAAAGAUGAACGAAGGAGAAAAGCAACAGAGGGCAGCGGAAGUGUGAGAGGAGGUGGUGGCAGCAAUGCCAGAGAGUACAAAAUCAAAAAAGUCAAGAAGAAAGGAAGGAAAGAAGAGGAUAGUGAUGAUGAGUCAUCUCACAUUGGAAAGAAGAAGCCAGAGAUCAUUUUUAUGUUCCAGGAUGAAAUUGAAGAUGUUUUGAGAAAACACAUACAAGAUGCCCCUGAGGAAUUUAUUUCUGAACUUGCUGAGUAUUUAAUAAAACCUCUUAAUAAAACUUAUCUUGAGGUGGUACGUUCAGUGUUCAUGUCUUCAACUUCUUCUGCCUCUGGAACUGGUAGAAAGCGCACCAUCAAGGACUUGCAAGAAGAGGUUUCAAAUCUAUACAAUAAUAUUCGGCUAUUUGAAAAAGGGGUGAAGUUCUUUACAGAUGAUACACAAGCUGCUCUUACAAAGCACUUGCUGAAGACAGUAUGUACUGAUAUCACUAACCUCAUUUUCAACUUCUUGGCUUCGGAUUUAAUGAUGGCAGUAGACGAUCCUGCAGCCAUUACAAGUGAAGUAAGGAAAAAAAUUUUAAGUAAAUUAUCAGAAGAAACCAAAGUAGCUCUCACAAAACUCCAUAGCUCUCUGAAUGAAAAGAGCAUAGAAGAGUUUCUUUCUUGUCUGGAUUCUGCAGCAGAAGCUUGUGAUAUUAUGGUGAAAAGAGGAGACAAAAAAAGGGAAAGGCAGAUACUGUUCCAGCAUCGACAAGCACUGGCUGAACAGCUAAAAGUCACAGAAGACCCUGCUCUUAUUCUGCACCUCACAGCAGUCCUUCUGUUUCAGUUCUCGACCCACAGCAUGCUCCAUGCACCUGGAAGAUGUGUCCCACAGAUCAUUGCUUUUCUUAAUAGUAAAAUUCCAGAGGAUCAGCAUACUCUUUUGGUAAAGUAUCAAGGUUUAGUUGUAAAGCAUUUAGUUAGUCAAAAUAAGAAGACUGGACAGGGAGAUGAUCCCUUGAGUGAUGAAUUAGACAAAGAACAAGAAGAUAUCACCAACAUUACUCGCAAAGAGCUUCAAGAACUUUCUUCAUCUAUUAAAGACCUUGUUCUCAAGUCCAGGAAAUCAUCUGUGACAGAAGAGUAAUGAUCUUGAUUUACUUUUGUCAUAUAGUAAACAUUUUUCCCGAAGUUUAAAGUGAGUGGUUACCAAAAAAUAUUCACUUCACAACCCUCGAGUCCCCCUAUAACCCCCCCGACACACGCACAAUUCAGUUUGAAGAGGAGUGUCGUUGUGUUCAGUGUAAAUCUUAGAAAAAUGUGAAAUUUUUGUAAAUUGGGUUCAACCAUGGAAGACUUCUUUUUCACAUUAUAAUUCUAAAAAUUACCAUUUCAGGUUUAUUUUAUUUUCAGAUGCUGAAUGAAGAAUAAAUUUUCUGAAAUCUUUCAUCUA